CAUUGAACCUGCAAACCUAAAAUAUUCUAAAAUACUGGGAAAACCACGGAGACCAAAACGAUUUACCAUCAAAUAUGUUCCCACUGGAUCCGCUUCUACAUUCAAGAAACAAACAGACAAUGAAUCAUCAUCAUCAACGUUAGAAUAUUAUGGUGAUGUUAAUACGCCAUUUGAUAACACAUGUGUACAACGAUACAAAUGGAUAAAAUCGCUGGACACCCAAAAGAAAUGUAAAGAGAACAAUCAUAAAUGGAUUUUCGUUGCAUGCAACGAUCCAGAAACACCACUCGCAGAAUUUCGUCCUACGAAUAUUGAAAACGAAUUCGACAUCGUUUUUCUCGAGCGAGCACCAAUUGGCUGGAAUCCCAAUAUUGCGGAUCGAUUAUCACGAUUCUCUGGAUUAUCCGGUGGCCGAGCCUCGGGUUUUGAAUCAUUGGAUGGUCGUGAGUCAAAGCAAUCAUCAAUGUACUCGUUCACCUCCACUAUAUCAAACGUAAAGUCAAAGCAGAGCUUUCCAGUUAAUAGUUUUAAUAUUUUGGCGGAAGAUGAUGGAAGAUAUUGGCAAGAAUAUAUUUUGGCCAGUACUGUCGCGAUUCAAGAUGAAGUGAAUAGUCGUAAAAUUAGUUUUAAUAAACGGAUACGAAAUUUUUUUGGGUGA